AACGGAAAAACACGAGUGUGCGUCGCCUCUAGUAGAUAUCAGCUGAAUUAUUCGGCUAAAAUGCCCUGGCACGGGCAUACGUAGUCGUCGGUCCGCCAUUACGACGCAGCCGAGACACGUUCGUCGUAUUUAGUUAAAUAUUUUCGUUUAUAAAUGAGUAAUAACGCUCAUGAGCUAAGUAAUCGGCUUCUGAAUGCGUUGGAUAGCAAUUACAAUGUCGUCGACAUGCAGGCAGUUAAUGAAAUUAUAUCCAUUUUGGAGAAAUUUAAUAUCACAAAAGAACUGUUGGAGACCACCCGACUGGGAAAGCACGUGAAUGAAUUACGGCGCAAGACCACCGACCCGACGCUCGCCAGGCGCGCCAAAGUGCUGGUGAAGAGGUGGCGGGACCUCGUCAUACCAAAUGUGGCGUCGCCUGCGCAUACUGGAUCAAACCGUUCGUCGGCUGAGCGGCAAACGAGGCGCGCGGGGGGCACGCCGCUCACCUCGCCAGCACUUAUGCGGCAUGGUUUGAGUCCCGCUGUGCCCAGCCCGAGACCUCCGUCUAGGCCAGCGUGGGGCGGCUACGAGUCGGACUCGCAGGAUGUGAUCCUGGUGGACGACGACCCGCCGCCCCCGCCGCUGCCUCCCCUCCCGCCGCCGCCCGCGCCGCUGCUCGCGCACAAGCCCGCAACACCGCCAGUGAAACGACCGCCCUCACCGGAACCACUGGGCGACGACAAGAAGGCGAAAAGGGAUAAGAAACCUAAGAAACGAAGGGGCCACAGCAGAGCCGGCGUGGGCACCGAGACGCCAGCGGGCCCGACCCCCGCGCCCGCGCCGCCCCCCUCGCUCGCCCCCGCGGCCGCGCCCACGGCCACGCCCACCGCUGCGCACGCGCACGGGUGGCCGGCGCGCAACGGCACCGCGCCGGAGCGCCGCAAGAACGGCUGGCGGAGGGACGCGCAGGAUCCGUACGCGGCGCUGGUGAACAGGUUGCCGCCCGCGGGAGGGAAGAAGGUGAAAACAACAAAAGAGUUACUAGAGCAGAUCCAGUCGCGCGGCAAGGCGAGCCCCUCGCGCUCCGCUUCGCCCGCCUCGCCCGCCUCGCCUGACGUCAUGCUCAUAGAGCCUGAUGAUUGCUCCAUAAAAGUAGAUUCUCCACUACGGAACGGGAGCAGCGAGCCGGCGGCCGCACCGGAGCCCGCACCAGCGCCCGUUUGGCCCCUAGUGCCGUUGGAAGACGAGAAGGAGUGGGCGCCCUGCAUCUGCGACCCCGAGCUCGAGCCGGACGAGAGCUGCCCGGCCAACUCGCGGACCACGGUCCAUCCAGCGCACGUGGUGGCGCUGCACAACGCGUACGUGCCCGGCGUCAACGGCACCCGCGCCCCCCUCCACCCGCACAAGUUCGCAGUCCGGCCCGCAGUCAGCCAGGACGACCCCAGCCUGUUCGCCAACGUGGUGCCCCUCUACAAGUACUCGGACUACAAAGAAGACACGUCUGAUUCGAAGGAUGCGGGGGGCGAUGUGAAAGAAAUAAACGAUUUAAUACAUACAACUGAACUUAAAGAAGAACCUAGCGAUUUGAAAACAGAAAUAGACAUUAAAGCGAUCAGUGAUUGUAAAGUUGAACCUAUGGAUGUGGACAUCACUUUCAAGAGUGAGGAUGUCAAUGAGAGACUGAAGCCUGCCCCCUCCCCAGAAGAGAGUGAGCGACGGAUAGAAGAAACGAAGGAAGCGAAGGAGGAACCGGAACAGAAGUUCUCGGUGACGUCACCUGAACACAGGACGGUCGAGCGGACGAAAGACAUCGACGGACGGACCUUAUACGAAAAGUGUGUAUCGUGUAUAAAUUCUGUGCCCUAUAGUUACGGACAGGCCGCGAACGCUCCGGUCUUGACCUUUCCAACCGAGGACGUGUUAGAAAACGUUAGCCAAGCGUUGGACAGUGUCGAGACGGAGCGGGACGAGCUGGGGCGGCCGGUCAAGCCGACGCACUUCGCCGAGUGGCACGAGUGCGCCAUGCUAGGGGACCUCAUAGCGCUCCCGUACGUCGUCAUCGACUGACCUCGACCAAAGCCUCCGUUGUUUCGGUGUUCCAAGUGUCCUUACGUUAGAUUAAGUGCAAGUGUAAAUAGUGAAAGUGAGACUCGAAUAAGUGCGCGAGUGCAGGGGCCGGUGCGGGCUGCGUCUGCGUGCGCUGCGGAGGCUGGCGUCGCGUGCGCGCCGAGCGGGGCGGAGCUUUGUAGUAAAUGUUGAUUGGUUUACAUUACACGAAGAUACUUUUUAAGGAGUAUAUCAUUAUAUCGUCAACAUACAUUGUAUACAUGUAGCGCCCUAGAGAAAUAUUUAAUAAAGGCUUUAUUUUAUCAAAAUCGGCGAAAUCAACUAGACAAAAAAAAAACAUUUAUAAGAACUAUUCCUAGAUAUGAACUAACAAGUUUUCUAUUGUUAAAUAUUUUAGGUAUACAUAUUAAAUGAUGUCGCAAGGGCAUUUAUAUGAAACCUUUUUAAUGGCGUAAAAGUCGAAUUCCAAAGAGCUUUCAGUGUGUUCGUGUAGUGUAAAUGGUAGGAGAUUUGAGUGUCGCGAUGUGAUAUCGGGCCGGCCCGAGACUCAGACUAAAUCUCUAGACUGUUUCAAAUUGCAUUAACUUGUUACCCAUUGUGAUUUAUAAAAAAUUAGAUAAUUAAUAAUAAUAGGAGUUCCAAUUGUAUAUUAUACAUAUAUAUUGCUCUAGCAGUCGGAAUAUCUGCAGGUUUAUCGUGUGAUGUUUUCAACUAAGGAGGAGCAGAGGUGUCUGAAGGUCACCUCACUAUAAUUUUUAUAGCAGUGACUGUAUCAAUCCAAUACACAGUUAAAUAUUUAUUGAUUUUUCAAGUGAACAAGUAUAAAAUGUAUAGAGUUGACUAGAUUUCGAAAGAUUUUUUAAUUCAAUGGGGCCAAAUCUGUAUUUUUUGUCUAUAUUCAUUUUUAUUUGCAACCAAUCAUAAAAAUAAUGCCAGGUGAAAAAACAUGAAUUGUUUCCCUCAAAAAAGGAAUUAAUAUGAGCUAAACUUUUUAAUUUAUAUAAAUGCAUACAUAUACAAAUAACAAAUAGAAAUAUAUGCCUCUCUCCUUCCUCUAGUUGCUGCUAUCACUAAAAUGAUUUAUAUUUUGUGUAUGUUGAAACAAAAUUAGGGAAUUAUCUGUGAAGCCCGUGGCGGUGUUUGAACCUUGGUUUGUUUUUGUUAAAUAUUAUAGUUAUGUUGUUAACUAGUGGUUUGAGAGCCAUUGAGUAUAGUUAUCAGUGUCGUUGAGCUGUAAAUCUUGCAUAACUUUUUCAUACUCUCCAUGCUUUUAAAACACACCAUUUCUAGACACUUUUCUAUUGAUAGCUUAUAUGGAUUUUAUAUUCAUUAAACAUAAAUUUUUAUAAUUUUUACUAACAUUGGUAAAAUGCUUGUGAAAAGCAGUAUGGAAGGGACAAUUUUUUUAAUAAGUGAUGUUUAGAGUCUGUUAAAUAACUGUAGACAUGAUUCCUAUGAUGUCAAAGUAUUUGAAUAUUAUUUUUGAUACUGGCAAUAUUCACUAUUUUCUAUAAACAAAAUAAAUUGCAAUGCCAAUAUAAACAUUCACAGUACAGAUAAAAUAUAGUACAUAAUUUGUAAUGUUGCCAAUAAAGUAAACAAAAGAUUGUUUAAUAUUAUUGGGGAUAUUGUAUAGUGUUAGGGAAUGAAUUUGUCUCGCGACACUUGAUAACUGUUUGUUUGUUUGUUUUUAACAAAAUUAUGUUCGAGUUGUGUUCGGACGUUGCGCCGCGGGCUGAGUCACAAUUAUAAUGGGUCCAUUUAUUCUCAAUUGUGCCACAUUAACGUGCCAGAUAAAUGAUUAUGGCCGGAUAUCUUUACCGUGUUGCAGUGGAAUAGCAAAUGUGGACAUUUCUAAAAUUGUCUACUUUUCAUUUGAAUUCUACUCGAUGACUGUUCGGUUUUGUAAAUAAUUUAAUGACAUUGUUAAACAGUGUCUAGUCUAAGGAUUAAAUAUCUUGGUUAUUUUGGAUUGAGAAAAGCAAGAAGUGAAUAUUUAUAUGAUUAUUAUUGUUUUAAGAAAUAAAGUGGUAUCUUCAAAACCAUUUAUUUUAAAACUUUAUACACCUGAACUUGUGAAUAAUUUAUACAAUUUUUGCUAUUGUCGUAUACAUGUAGUCCUUAUUUCUAAGUACACUUAUUAUUUCCUUUAUUGUGUUUAUUUGUUUUUAAAUAUCUAUAUAACAGUGUGACAAUGAUCACUUUAUAUCCAUCACUAAACAUAAUAAAAAUACUAGAAGUAACUACAUUCAUAUCUUAGACUUUUAAGACAAACAUACACUGUCUAAUAUUAAAUAGAUAAAGUUUCCUGUUUCACUGCAACAUAAAAUUUCAAUCUACAGGCGCUUUUGGAGGAAAUGUAUAAAAUACCGCGACAAAAAAGGGUAAAUAAAUAAACAAAUUAUUUAAAUAAUUUCAUAUCAAUGUAAUAGUAUAUUUUUCGUUACUCCGACCAAAAUUUAUGUAUCAAGUAAUACCUCUGAAAGUGCCUUCCUUUUAUAUUAAGAGUUCCACUUUUGUACAGGCUCCACGAAUUUAGGACAUUCAUAAUUUAACGGUAGAAAUCUGAAUUCUGUUUUAAGACUUAGAAAAAAAACAAUUUAUCCACUGAACUUAGCUGCUACACCUUUAUAAGGACAAAUAUCACCCGCUUCCUUUAUUGUUUUCUAUGUUUGUGUUUUUAGAAAUUAUAUAAGUGUUAUUGAUAUGAUUAAAUAGCUGUUUUGGUCGCAUAAAAUGAAGUUUGACGUUUACAGAAACAAAUAAUUGUUUUUGUUAAAUAUGUUGCUUGAAUAGUUUUCAGCAUCCAUUCCAGGUUUAUAUAAAAACGCAAAUUACUAUGCAGUGUUAGUUACUACCGAAUUAAUUUAUACAUUGCUAAUUUAAUAUCAAUAUUUUGGUAUUUAUUAAGACGCCAUUUUUGAAUGUCAACGCUUCGUGCAAUCGGUGCUGAUUUGUGUUGUGGUAGAAUUUAUAUUAUGAGGAUAACUAUCGCUUUGUAAACAAAUACGAAAUACACGCUAUUUUAGUCGCAGAGUAGAGAUUUGAUACGAAUUUUCUGUAGUCGAACGUGCAUUUUUUUUAUAAUAUUAUUCGUUAAUGCAGUAUGGAAUGAUGCGUUAAAAAUAAACUUGUUAAUUUUAUGUUUUUACUAGCUUUGUUAUUUCAUAGCUCAUGCCGCAUAUGUUUUGUAUGCCACAGAAUGAGUAUUGAGUGAUCGUUUUAAAUGUUGUGAUUAAGUACAUAUUCGUGUUUCGUGACAAUCAUCUGUGAAGACUUUCAAUAAACAAUAUUUAUAUUUGUAAUUGAAAAGUAUAUUAAUAUCAGACUAGCUAUAAAUAAUGUUUAAUGCCUAACAUAUGAAUAUUAGUGAAAAAAUAUUAUAAAUUUUAUAUCCAAAGUCCCUUAUAAAUUCUAAACGAUAUCGUUAAUAUUGGCCGUUAAAUUUAGCCAAAUCUUUGCUCAAAAUAGUAACAUAAAUUGUAAGUUAAUUUAAAAAGUAGCUGAAUAGACAUACGUAUAUACGUAUGUAAGCAUAUGCUUUGAUUCCGCACUGUACGUUUGAAGUUAGCUAUAUUAAUGAGAUUGUUAUUGUUAUAAUAGGCUCUCUGUACAUUAUCUUGUUGUAUAUCAAAUAUGACGUGGACCCAUUAUAAUUGUGAAAAAUAAAAGGCCUUACUUAUAAAGCGCGGGAGAGUCCGGGCGUGGAGCUUGUAUAGUAACGUCGAUGUAACCCGGAGACUGCCUUGUUGGACUUGAUCCAAAAUUUUGGUAUAAUAUAAAAAAGCAAAAUAUAUGUGUUUUUAUUACGAUUA